AAGAAUCUUUCGACCUUCUCAGAAAUCCCAUUUCCCCCUUUUCUGUUUCAAAAUUAUCAACCCUAAAUCUUCCAUUAAAUUUCCCCUUAAUCGUUGUUCUGUGAUCAUUCAUGGUUAUGGCUCAACUUCAAUCCGAUCAGGUGAAACAAUUGAAAGAUAUAUUCGCCAGAUUCGACAUGAAUUCCGAUGGCAGCCUCACCCAACUCGAACUCGCCGCCCUUCUCCGAUCGAUUGGGCUCAAGCCACAAGGUGACCAGAUCCAUUCCUUGUUAGCCAGCAUGGAUUCAAAUGGGAACGGAUCCAUCGAGUUCGAGGAAUUGUUGAACGCGAUUCUACCAGAUUUGAAUGAGGAGGUCCUCAUCAACCACGACCAACUCAUGGAGGUUUUUCGAUCGUUUGACAAAGACGGAAACGGGUACAUCACGGCGGCGGAACUCGCCGGUCAAAUGGCGAAAUUGGGUCAACCGCUGUCGUACCAAGAGCUCACGGAGAUGAUGCGGGAAGCCGAUGCCAAUGGUGAUGGCGUCAUCAGCUUCAAUGAAUUCACGGCCAUUUUGGGGAAAUCAGCGUCGGACUUUUUUCGGGUCACGGCGAGGUAGCGUGACCCGCCCGGCGGCGGUUGACGACUAAUGUGAAAUGGGUUUGACUUAUUCCCGUUGACCCCUUACCCUUCAAUUUUUUUAAUUAGAUAUAGAACAAUCUUUUUCAAUUAAUUGUGUAUAUUUAUUAAUUAUAAUUAUAUUAGUUUCGUCUUCAAAUAUGUUUUCUCAAUUUGUUUAUUUGACGUUUAGAUUAUUUGCUAAUUAAAAUAUCAUUAACAAUUCGUUGACCGUCUGUUCGAUGAAAUGUCUUAAUGAAAUCUUUCCACAAUUUGUAA